CUUGAGAACACGUGAUUUUUGGAGUCGUCGGAAGAUUUUUAUGUGUUGAUCUGACGGUUUAUCUUCAUCAUGACUAUUGGGGACGUCUGGGAUCAGAGAAUAUCUGCCUUUCUGCUGAGCCCGUCUCAGUUUUUAGCCACAACCACUCCGGAAAGUUUCUUGGAAGAACUUCUACGCGAACUGAGGAAUGAUAAAGCAAAUGAUCAACUCAAGAUACUCCUUCUGUCUAUGUUAUUGGAGCAUCCAACCAUUCUAUGCCUUUCUGCCACAGUGGGAGAAGAGACAGCCCUUGAACUUCUAUCAGUCUUUACCCACACACCACAGAAAUCCAUCAAUCUCAAAUGCAAUGUAAUGCUGGCCAUCACCAACAUCAUAAUAUGCACAUCCUGCUUGGCCGUCCACUCAAAGAUGGCUGAAGACUGGCUUGACCUAUUAUUUCAAAACAUUCAGGACACAAAUGACUACAGAUGUGGCUUAACCCAGCAGCCUAUAAGGGCUAUGGCCUGUGAGUGCCUAUUAGAAAUGGAGACCUGUAACCCUGGUCUGCUUUCUCAAAAGCUAGAGGCCCUAUAUACUCUAAAACAGCAAGAAACUACAAUAUUGCAUCAGUCUUACUGCAUGCUGUAUACAUUAGGACUGAAGAAUGCCAUACGGAUCUUGACAAACCAAAAAGAUGUUACUGAUCUAGAGUUCAAGAGUGUUUUAGGAGGAAAUGAAGGGUUUGCUUGGAAAAGUAGCCCAUUACCCUUGAACUUGUUGCCUAUAAAUAUGAUGGUGCAGGUCCCACACUUACCACAAGGACUGGAUUGCAAGGAACUGAAGUCCAUAAUGUCCUCACUUUUGGAAGAGUCUUACUUACUGACGCCCAUUUCCCAGUCUGCCCUGCUCAGAGAGCUUGUGGAAAUCGUCGCUAUGGUGCCAGGACUCUCUCCUGCGCUAUUCAAAUCCCAGCUUCUUCGACUUUUCGGUACUGCAGAAAUUGAGCUCAUGCACGCUAUGCUGUUCAUGAAGGACACCUUCACCGAUAGUCUUUUUACAGGUGAGGACGAGAACUUCCUGCUCAAACGUCUUGUGGGCAUGGCUCAACAUCCACUCCUAAGAAUUCCAGAGAAGCUAUUCUACAUGGAUUGUAUCCUGCACUUCCCUGAAAACAGGCCCAUAUCGAGCUCCAUAGAAGAGAGUUUACCUGUGCUGGUUACGCAACGUUUGGCAGCAUCUCUUCUUCCAACAGUCUUCAAUGAUAGUGCAACCAUGCUUUGCCGACUAAACCUUCUUUGUCUGGUCCACCUUGAAGCUGAUGAGGGUGAAGCAGACAAAGGGAUUGGCUACCUGUUCGAUCACAUAAUGGCACUUCUCAAAAUCGUAGACAAUGAUGGAAGCAGAGAAGUGGUUGUGACUUCGUUCAGGGCGUUGUUUAUUUUCCUCAUGCACUUCAAUGGCAUGAAAGACCUCUCGGAGAAGUUGGUAAACAAAUUAUGUGAUCUGUAUUCCAGGCAUUGCUGCCUCGCGCCAAACUUGAUUGGCCUCGCUGAUCGAAUCCAAGAAUGUCUGGAUGACCCCAUCUGGUCCGUGAAGUUGUUGAGAGGGCUUCAAAAAUGCAUUAUGGAAAUGCCUCAGUUGCGGCUCACAAUUCAUAAUUUUAGCUGGCACUUGAAGGUGUUGAAAAGAGUGGCGAAAGAAGGACAAAUUACACAAAGAAACACAAUCUAUCUUCUUCUCGAUGUCCUCAUCAAUUCCAAUUUGUGUGAAAGAGGAAAUUGGCAAGUUGGAAAUGCAAUUCUUGCAGUUUGUCGCAACUUGUUGGAGCACCCUUCCAUUGAUCAAGUCUUUAUCGAGUUGGCUGACCUGUUGCAAUACAUAUCGGUGCAGUAUGACGACACUGACAUUAAGGAUCAUGCUCGCUUCUACUACACAUUGCUCACUAACCUUUCAUGGGAAAAGUUGACAGGGGUUCUUGCUAAAGGACCUGAUGGAGGACGAGCCAAGGAGCGGUCGCAUUCUGCCAUUAUUGCUGAUGGCGAAGGGAUUGCCAAUAACCUGACUGUACACAAAACUGAACGACAUGUUUUGCAAUUUAUAAAAGUGCAAGGGAAAGACUUGAAAAGCACUUUGGCAAGUACCGACUCAUUGGAGACAUCAGGAGAGUCCAUGAAUUGGUUGGAGGUUUAUCAAGGACAGUUCCAGAUGCCCGGCUUUGGAUCGGAGUUCACCUUGAGAUACAAUCUUACUCAUGUGCAAGAAACUGAUCCUUUGUUUGAUAGAAUUUUUACAAUCUGUCUCCACUUUGAGAUGAAAGACUCCAACUACGCAAAGGUAAGUGACAUACAUGUGCCAUGCAUGUUCAGAGACCGGAACCCUCCCGAGGUCAGUGUUCAACUGAAACCCUUUAAGCCUUACCCAACAACUCUUCACGUUAGUGCUGUAUUUACCACCCAAGAUGGACAUUCCUGGCAAACCCAAUUACCUGAUGCAAGCGUUUCAUUCCCAGAGAUAUUUCUUCCUCUUCCUUUACCAAUAAACACACCACGUGAACGCAAAGAGGAAGUGUUUGACAGCAUUUGGAAGGCUUUAGCCUCUGGAAAUCCAGACAAGUCUGCUAUUAGUCUGUUUUGUUUCAAGACUGGAGAUGAGAGUCUGGCUGAUUUGAUCAAGAUUAAUUUUGAGGGUUACCUGAUCACAGAACAGCAAAGCAAAACAUCAUGGAAAGUCUUGUUCUUUCUUCCACCCAAGUUUCACAUUCUGCUGAUGAUCAAACAGGCCGAGGACGCUGUUGAAAUCAGCAUUGGAACGGAUGAUUGGGAGCUGUUACCUUUUGUCAACUCUUACCUUCAAAAUAUUACUGAACAUUGUAGCUCGACAAUAGCACAUGGAUAAAUGGAUGUUUUGCAAUCUUUAAUUUACAUUUACUUCUUUUUAAUAAAUUUAAUUUGUUUUUAUAACUAUCAACAUUGCUGCUGAUUUGAGAAUUUAAUUAAAAUGUUUAAUAAAGAAGUUUAUAAGAACA